GUAUGAGGGCAUCAAUAACAGUUCGCAGUUUGCCAGUUUCCUGUCGACCCUUAAUGUGAUUACCUGUCACGUACUUACUUAAGAUAGUGAUUGUUCGAAUUCACGUUUUCUGCAGUGAAUUUCAUAAAUUAGUUCGCCGAUAGUUGAGAAUAAAAGAUAUAUAGACAGGCAAUUAUGAGUCGCUGGGCAAAUAAAACCGCAAUCGUUAUCGGCGCUGGAUCCGAUCUUGGUCAAGCAAUUACAUUUGCUCUUUUGAAAGAUGGAAUACAUGUAACUGCUACACAUAUCAAGGAGGAAAAAAUGGAUGAACUUAAAACGACAUACGAAAAUAUGGAUAAAAAAGAUACACUUAUGGGUAAAUUAGAACUUAAAUAUAAUAUAAAUGAUAUCGAAGAAUCAUUCAAGAAGGAUGUGGAUAUUCUGGUCAAUAAUCUCAAUAUUUUUAGUAUGGGAUUGUCGUUAUAUGAUCAGUUUAUAAAUGAUGCGAUAGAGUCUAUGCGCAGGCGACAAGUAGAAGGGCACAUUUUCAAUAUCAACAGUGCUUACGGCCAUUUCCUUCCGAAAAAAUCUCUGAAUGAUUUGGGUCAAGAAAGUACAUGUCUUUUUAAUCAGUAUGUCGCUGCUGAGCACGCAAAUGUUGCUUUGACUCAUAUGGUACGACUUCGAGUAGAGGGCGUUAAACCUCCUAUUCGAGUUACGAGCAUUAGUCCUAGUUGUCUGAGAACGGAUAUAUCUUUGGAGUUGCCAUUGUUAUAUGAUUUCAUGGGGCCGGAGGAUGUAGCGGAUACGAUUAUUUAUGCUCUUACACUAAAACCGGAAAUUGAGAUUACGGAACUCAUUAUUCAAUCUACCGGGACACUUCCAUGAAAAAUAUUUUUAGCAAUAUGUCCACCUCUCUUAGCACCUCACUUAAUAUAGUAUAAGGAGAUUUUUAUUUAAAAUAAGUUUAUAUUGCUUUGUAUUAUUUUGCAU